CCCCUGCGCCCCGCCCCCUGCGCCCCGCCCGCUGCGCCCUGAUGUCUUCAGGUUCUAGGCCUGACGCCAUGAGCGGCUAAGGGCUGUAUGUCACUCUACGACGACGUGACCGCCUUCCUGGGCGAGUGGGGGCCCUUCCAGCGCCUCAUCUUCUUCCUACUCAGCGCCAGCAUCAUCCCCAAUGGCUUCACUGGUUUGUCAUCCGUGUUCCUGGCGGGGACCCCGGAGCACCGUUGCCGGGUACCGGACACCGUGAACCUGAGCAGCGCGUGGCGCAACCACAGUAUCCCGUUGGAGACGAAGGACGGGCGACAGAUGCCCCAGAAAUGCCGCCGCUACCGACUGGCCACCAUCGCCAACUUCUCUGCGCUGGGGCUGCAGCCUGGACUGGACGUGGACCUGAAGCAGCUGGAGCAGGAAAGCUGCCUGGAUGGCUGGGAGUACAGCAAGGAUGUCUUCCUGUCCACCAUCGUGACCGAGUGGGACCUGGUGUGUAAGGAUGAUUGGAAAGGCCCGUUCACCACCUCCUUGUUUUAUGUGGGUGUGUUGCUGGGCUCCUUCUUUUCAGGACAGCUCUCAGACAGGUUUGGACGGAAGAAUGUGUUGUUUUUGACCAUGGCCAUGCACACUGGCUUCAGCUUCCUGCAGGUCUUCUCUGUGAACUACGAGAUGUUUACUGUGCUCUUUAUCCUUGUUGGCAUGGGUCAUAUCUCCAACUACCUGGCAGCGUUUGUCCUAGGAACAGAAAUUCUUUCUAAGUCAGUCCGAAUUAUAUUCGCCACCUUAGGAGUAUGCAUAUUUUUUGCAUUUGGCUUCAUGGUUCUGCCUCUGUUUGCAUACUUCAUCAGAGACUGGCGGAAGCUGCUGCUGGCAAUCACUGUGCCAGGGGUGCUGUGUGGGGCUCUCUGGUGGUUUAUUCCUGAGUCUCCCCGAUGGCUCGUCUCUCAAGGCCGAAUUAAAGAGGCAGAGGUGAUCAUCCGCAGAGCGGCCAAAAUCAAUGGGAUUGUUGCACCUUCUACUAUCUUUGAUCCAGAUGAGUUACCAGACCUAAAUUCCAGGACAUGUCAGUCACACCACAUUUAUGAUCUGAUCCGAACCCGGAAUAUCAGGAUCCUCACCAUCAUGUCCAUAAUCCUGUGGCUGACCAUAUCAGUGGGCUAUUUCGGACUUUCUCUUGACACUCCUAACUUGCAUGGGAACAUCUAUAUGAACAGCUUCCUCUUGGCGGCGGUUGAAGUCCCAGCCUAUGUGUUGGCCUGGCUGCUGCUGCAGCAUGUAACCCGGCGCUAUUCCAUGGCUGGUGCCCUUUUUCUGGGCGGCAGUGUCCUUCUCUUAAUGCAGCUGGUGCCCUCAGAUUUACUUUUUUUGUCUACUACCCUGGUGAUGGUGGGCAAGUUUGGAAUCACCUCAGCCUAUUCCAUGGUCUAUGUGUACACAGCUGAGCUGUACCCCACUGUGGUCAGAAACAUGGGUGUGGGGGUCAGCUCCACAGCAUCCCGCCUUGGCAGCAUUCUGUCCCCCUACUUUGUCUACCUUGGUGCCUAUAACCGCUUCUUGCCUUAUGUCAUCAUGGGAAGUCUGACCAUACUGACAGCUAUCCUCACCUUGUUCUUCCCCGAGAGCUCUGGUGCUUCUCUCCCAGACCACAUAGACCAGAUGCAAAAGGUCAAAAAAAUAACGCGUGUGCAAGCCCUAAGAAAGAAACAGGUCCCAAAAGAUGCUGGAACAAAGACCCCAGAAUCCUCAAAAAGCACAGCCUUGAAAGAUGGUGAGGAAGGCCCAACCAUCCAAAAAAGCACAGCCUUAUAACACCCCUCCAGAAGGUGAAAAACGAAACAGACAACCUGCAUAUCGUCAGAAACGCUGUCAAUGACCAAGAGCUUUUCUGUUCUGUUGACCUUGUGUCUAAUGUGCUCUGUCCCGGAUGGGUGAAUCUGUCCUGGAGAGCCAACCACAGACAGCUUGCACAUCCCAUUCCAGGGGUGGCCUUGGCCCUUCCAAAGAAGUUAAUGAGUCUCUUGAGCCAGUGGGACUUGCAAGACUGUGCGAAACACCUGCUAGACUCGCUUUGCUGUCUUAGAAGACUGAGAAGGCUGCACAGAUAGAACUGCAGGUCUGUUCCCCUCCUCUCCCUAACCGACAGACUCACAGGAAAAGGAAUAGACGUCUCUCAGGGGCUGUGCUCUUGGCUAGGAUGCACAGGGCCCUGAGUUCCACAGGAAGGACCAGGUGGAAACAAACAAAACUUCUUGGAAAUAAAGGAUUCCAUGGGA